UCGUAGAGUAUCUGUGUAUGUGUGUGACUGCGUGUAUGUGUGUGUGUGUGUGUGUGUGUCUCCCUCAGCACUGUGCUGUGUCCUUGUCCCUGCCUCCUGGCAGCAAGGAGCCACCCAGCAGCCGGACUGUGAUUGGGCAGGGGAGUGGGGUUCUUGACACAGUGCGGUGCUGACUGCUUCAGGACGUGUUUCAACAGAUGGUCGAGGUUAGAGAGUGUCAUCACAUCGGAGAGAGGAUUAGAGGAGAGAGGUUGUCUUCCAGGAGCUGUGUGGUCCCCCCUACUAUUCAACCCAAAAUCCAGCUUCAAGACAGGGACAAGGGAGAACUGCUCAAGAAACAGGAGAAGCAAACACAGAAGACCAAUCCUUGCCUUGCCUCUCACUCACUCGGCCGGCACUCUGCUCUCCUGCAUUUCAGCCAACCACAGCUGCGAGAGCUGCACGGGUGUGAGUAAGUGGCCUGGCCGGACCUCUUCUCCUGACUGUCCCCAUCCUCCCACCUACCCAGCUUGUCUCUUGUCGUCUCAAGCACCAUGCUGGUCCGUUGGCUGGCUUGGAUGGCCCUGUUGUGUCUGGACUGGGCCCCAGGCAGCUGGGCCUUCAUCACCACCAGGGCCCAGGGACUGAGGGGUCGCAUCCAGAGGGACCGCAGAAACAUCCGGCCAAACAUUAUCCUCAUCAUGACAGAUGACCAGGAUGUGGAGUUGGGUUCUUUACAGGUAAUGAAUAAAACUCGUAAGAUCAUGGAAGAUGGAGGCACAAGUUUUACCAACGCCUUUGUCAGCACUCCGAUGUGCUGCCCGUCUCGUUCCUCCAUGUUGACGGGAAAGUAUGUCCACAACCACAACACUUACACCAACAAUGAGAACUGCUCGUCCCCUUCCUGGCAAGCUCAGCACGAGCCUCGCUCAUUCGCUGUCUAUCUCAACAACACUGGCUACAGGACAGGCUUCUUCGGCAAGUACCUCAAUGAGUACAAUGGCAGCUACAUCCCACCUGGGUGGCGCGAAUGGCUUGGAUUGAUAAAAAAUUCCCGCUUUUAUAAUUACACUGUCUGUCGGAAUGGUUUCAAGGAGAAGCAUGGUGCUGAUUAUGCCAAGGACUAUUUCACAGAUUUGAUCACCAACGACAGCAUCAACUUUUUCCGCAUGUCCAAGCGGGUCUACCCUCACCGCCCUGUGAUGAUGGUCAUCAGUCACGCUGCUCCACACGGCCCCGAGGACUCGGCUCCACAGUACGCUGAGCACUUCCCAAAUGCUUCACAGCACAUCACCCCCAGCUACAACUAUGCCCCAAAUAUGGACAAACACUGGAUCAUGCAGUACACAGGCCCCAUGAAACCCAUCCACAUGGAGUUCACCAACUUCCUCCAUCGGAAGAGGCUGCAGACACUCCAGUCUGUGGAUGACUCGGUGCAGAAGGUUUAUGAGAUGUUAGAAGAAACUGGAGAGCUGGACAAUACUUACAUCAUCUAUACAGCUGACCACGGUUACCACAUUGGUCAGUUCGGAUUGGUCAAGGGCAAGUCCAUGCCUUAUGACUUUGACAUCCGAGUGCCAUUCUUCCUGAGAGGACCAAACAUAGAGCCAGGGGCAGUAAACCCUCAUAUGGUUCUGAACAUAGACCUAGCUCCCACGAUCCUCCACAUUGCCGGGCUGGACACGCCUCCAGACAUGGAUGGAAAGUCCAUCCUUAAGCUGCUGGAACAGGAAAGGACCGGCAAUAGAUUCAAACCCAACCGGAAACCCAAAGUCUGGAGGGACACAUUCCUGGUGGAGCGAGGAAAGAUCCUGAGAAAGAAGGAUGACUCACUGAGUACUCAGCACACCAACAGCCUUCCCAAGUACAAGAAGGUCAAAGAGACCUGCCAGCAGGCCGAAUUCCAGACACCCUGUGAACAGCCAGGACAGAAGUGGCAUUGUGUGGAGGAGAUCACCGGCAAGUGGAGGAUACAGAAGUGUAAAGGUGGGUCAAAAGAAGGCUCCAGGAAGAGGGCCCGCAGCCUGAAGCCCCGCAGCAGUUACGACAACAGAGAGAGGGGCUGCGACUGCAGUGAUGCUGCCUUUAAACCCUCCAGGGCCGACCGGCGCUCCCACCGACAGUUCUCCUCCUCAUCUGGCCAGCGUUAUCGUCCACGGUUUGUCCACACUCGGCAAGCCAGGUCCCUGUCUGUGGCGUUUGAGGGUCAGAUAUAUGAUGUCGACCUUCAAGCGGACGAUCAGUCAGCUGUCCGCCGCCGCGUUAUCUCAAAGCGACACUACAACCCUGAGGACCCGGAGUUCGAUUUAGGGACUGAUGACGCUUCAGAAGAAAUGCUUGCAGAUGACACGAACGCUGUUGGAUACCCGAACUCUGUGAAAGUUACACACAAGUGUUUUAUCUUAAUGAAUGACAGCAUCCAUUGUGAAAGAGAGAUCUACCAGUCCUCCAGAGCCUGGAAGGACCAUAAGAGCUACGUGGACCAGGAGAUUGAAGCCCUUCAGGACAAAAUCAAAAACCUCAGGGAAGUUAGAGGCCACCUGAAGCGGACACGACCAGACGAGUGCGACUGUGGAAAGAAGGGCUAUUAUAGCAAAGGGGACAGAAAAGCAGAGAGAUUGAAGAGCAGGAAUGAUCAACUCCAUCCGUUUAAGGAGGCUGCGGAAACCGACGGACAUUCGCAGUUGUACAACGAGAUCCGUAGGAGGAAAAAGGAGAGGAAGGUGAAGAAGCGGCAGAGGAAGGGAGACGACUGCAGCCUUCCUGGUCUCACCUGUUUCACACACAACAACGACCACUGGCAGACUGCUCCCCUCUGGUCAUUGGGCGGAUUCUGUGCCUGCACAAGCUCCAACAACAACACCUACUGGUGCCUGAGAACCAUCAACGAGACCCACAACACACUGUUCUGCGAGUUCUCCACCGGCUUCCUGGAGUACUUUGACCUCAACAGUGACCCGUACCAGCUGACCAACGCCGUGUAUGCAGUGGAUAGGGAGGUGCUGAACUCUCUCCACGCCCAGCUCAUGGAGAUGAGGAGUUGUCAAGGUUACAAGCAGUGUAACCCUCGCCCAAAAGGCUUGGAUACAGCACACAGCCCAUAUGGGACGGACGACAAGGUUAAGCUGCCGAACUUGACGGACGAGGAGGUGAACUGGCAGGGACUGGAGGAUCUGUAUAGCAUAAACGAAAGCCUUUAUGAAUUUAGGCCUGACUACAGCCCCAGCCCAGACAAUUGGGCAAACUUUGAGAAGGAUGUAGAUAUUAUAUUUGCACUGCGUCACGUUUUAAACAAACUCAACCGAACCCAAGACCCUGACGACUCCACCCUGCCAGAGCUGGGCUCCGGGGCCGGGGGUGGAGGCCUCGAAGAGGGCAGUGGUGAAGAGUCUGCCUCAGCCAUCAACGUCUGGCCAGGCCUGGCAACAGAGGAUCCCCCCACCACCCCCGCCCCCAGCAAAAGACCGCCGGCACCACCCACACCCAGGUCCACACUGGAAUGGAAACUGGAAUCUGUCAACGACCUUCCUGAGAGACUAAAGGAAAGACCUGGGGGGUCUGUGAUGUCAGGGUCACUGGCCACUGCAUCAUCAGAAGGUCCAAGGAGAGACGGGCUGUUGUUCCAAAGCGACACGUGGGUGCAGCAGCUGGAGGAGAUCGAGGGAGACUUCUUCAGUGGGAAUGGACUGACUGAGCUGGAGACGCGACAUGACACACUGCUGCGCACUCACAACAGCCUGCAGCUGCAGCCAGCAGUGGAAGGGGGCCCUCAGGGUCUCGGUCUUGGCCUGGACCUUGAAGAAGAGGAGGACAUUUUCAAGGCGCAAGGCUACCUCCCUUUCUCCCCACAGACACUGAGGCCCAAGGUGCAGACCAGCACCCCUGGGAGCCCCCCCUCCUCACAGAGCAGCACCCCACAGAGUGUGGGUCAUGUACUGCAGGUACUGCCUCAGACCACACUGCCCCUCACCUUGGACUAUGAGGGAAGCGGCAGCUCUCUGCCUCAACCCUCUAAUCAGACCCUCUGAGGCAGACGCUGGUCGCUACAGAGACACAGGGACACAGUGAUUGGGAGAUGAACUAGCCAAGGACAAAGGCAUGUGAGGCCACCUCAAUCAGAGGUGUAUAAUGAGUAUUGAAAUUAUUGUUUAUUUUUUUAAAGGUGCCUACAUUUAUUAGUAAACAGUGUUAUGUUUUUAAAUAUAUAUUUAGUAAAGAAAAGCCUUAAUGCAGCUAAACUUGAGUGUUGAGAUUACAAAUGGUUAAUCCCACACAGAUAACACACCAUAAUGUUUUUGAUAUGUUUUUAUGAAAAACGAGUGUGAAUGGUUAGCAUUAGCUUUAGGUAUGUUCCAGUCUUUAAAAAAAAAAAAAUCCAUUAUCAUAAAUCUGCCUGGCAACAGGAUAGCUAAUCACUGUUUUAUCACUUACAUUAACAAAGUCAACAUUGGACCUGCACUUUUAGCUCGGCCCUCCGCUGUUUGUGGAGAUGAAAUGUGUCCUACUUUCAACUUUCUUCAUUUUUUUUAUUCAACUUUAAGAACUGCUUUGUCACUUGUGAAAACCAUCAACACGAGUCAAACAAAACCUUAUUUAUUAGAAGCUAUUCUUAAAUCUGUUAUUUGAUAUAUUUUAUAGCAUUUUAUUCCUGUCUUUCCAUCUGCUUUUAUUAAAAGUAUCAGAUGUUUGGACAAUCAUGGGUCAUCAUGGGUUUUAAGUCAUCAUCUUAGUUAUUCUCCUACAUUAAGAAUGUGCAUUUCUAUGUCUUUCUAGGGAAUUAAUGCACCACUGCACCAGCUCCAACUUUGUAGAGUCACAUGCUUGUCACCAUAGCCAGUUGUUUUUAACAUUACUAAAAGUAUCUGUACUAAUUACAAGCAAAUGUUUGCAAAAUCACCUGGGCUCUAGAAAAUAUUCACUGAGUAACUGUAAUGGGAAAUGUCACCAGCUAAUAACGUGGUGUAUGAUGUAGGUCUUUGAUAAUCCACAGAAUAUGUGGCUCAUUGUCUAAUCAGCCAAUGUAACUCCCUUUGAAAUGGUUAUACUGUCUGACAUCACACCGUCAUGACAUCACAGCUCUGGGUAUGAUCGUUUACAACUAAAUGUGUGACAUUUCUACUAGUUGUUCAUCUCUGCUGAUGCUGUCUUUUUUCUCUCAACAGUGUGUGUAGAAGUGUGAAAACAAAGUUUGGUUUCAGGAAAGCCAUGAAGCUGUUGAGAAAUAAAACCUUUCAACCUUC